AAAUUGCCCAGCUGGGCUCGAGCAGUGGUGCCCAACAUCUUCUACGUAACAGAGAAGGCCUGGAACUAUUAUCCCUAUACCAUCACAGAGUACACUGUAAGUAUCUCUUCCUUUUUAUUGAUCAGCUGUGAAGAGAGCCACCGCAGUUCAGUAACGCGCAGGGUGUCCGGGCGCAUUCAAUGCAGCAACGUGGAAGGACCAGGGAAGAACGCCCCAGCUCUCUCUCUAACCAUUUUCUUCUGCUUCACUGGUUGUUUUAGCUAGACGUUACAUAUGGAGUCAGUGUUUUGGGAUAUGUGUAUAUAGAAGGCUUGGGUUGUGUUGUUUUGGAUUUGUAUGAAAUGUAUGUGACUUUGUUAGGUUGAAGCUUUCCCCUAUUGAGACAUUGCGUAUGGGUGUCCAUAGCAACAGCUUAGCGCACUGUGUGUUCACGCUUGUGCAUUUCCGUGUGUCUCUUCUGAAUUACAGCUCUCUUCAUGGUGAUGAAUGUAUGUCUGUAGUUAGGCAUGUGCUCUCCAGAGAUAAAGACGCAUCCAUACCCUCGUUUCACUCACGAGAAGCGUCAUACAUUUUUACUGCCCUGAGGAUUCAGUUGCCCUUAAGGUGUCAAAUGAUGUCCAUUUACUUGCUGCCAGAGCUUUCUUUAAAUACUUUUCUCCAGAGCUUUCUUUAAAUACUUUUCUCCAGAGCUUUCUUUAAAUACUUUUCUCCAGAGCUUUCUUUAAAUACUUUUCUCCAGAGCUUUCUUUAAAUACUUUUCUCCAGAGCUUUCUUUAAAUACUUUUCUCCAGAGCUUUCUUUAAAUACUUUUCUCCAGAGCUUUCUUUAAAUACUUUUCUCCAGAGCUUUCUUUAAAUACUUUUCUCCAGAGCUUUCUUUAAAUACUUUUCUCCAGAGCUUUCUUAAAUACUAUUUACUUGGUAUUAAAUGCCUUUAAAGCUGCAAUAUGUCACUUUUUGGGCGACCCGACCAAAUUCACAUAGAAAUGUGAGUUAUAGAUCUGUCACUAUCAUUGAAAGCAAGUCUAAGUAGCGGUGCUUGUUUUGUCACAUAAACUGAAAUUAGGCUAACUAUUGGAAGUUUAGCAACCAGGAAAUGGUGGAGUGAUUUCUGCGUAGAGUAACGUAUUUUCACAUGUCCAUAUCUUUUUGAGGUUUAGGUAUCCACUAUUUGUGUGGCGUGGGUUUGCUAUAGAUGUUGAUUCCAAAUGUUCUUGGUUGAGAGAUUUUAGUACAUGACUCUAUACAACUAUAAGCUGUUAUAGAUGCUUAUAGCAAGUCUUAUAAUGUGAUAGGAGUCAUAAUGACUGAUGCAAGCAGUAGAAAACAGAUACAAACACACCUUAUGGAACAGGGGGGACUGUGACGCAACACAAACAUAGGCACAGACACACAUGAUAACAAACGCACUAUACACACGUACACAUGGAUUUUGUGUUGCAGAUAUGUGGUAGUGGAGUAUGGGCCUGAGGGCACACACUUAGUGUGUUGUGAAUUCUCUAAUGAUUUAAUAUUGUAUAACUGCCUUCAUUUUGCUGUAGCCCAGGAAGAGCAGCCAAUGGGGAUCCAUAAUACAUACAAAUAAUGCUUUAUACACUGGUAGUUCACAGGAAGGCGUUAACGACAAACAUUCGUCUCAACCCAUUAUAAAACAUGACUGUAGCAGUGUUUUUUGUCUGAAAAGGGUUUAAGAUUGAUGCCAGUCUUGGAAACCUGCCGCUGCCACCUGUUACAUACUGUCUAAAGCCUUUGAGCUGUGGCAUUUUGAAAUUCUCCGAAAGUGAUAAAUGCCACCACCAAUGAGUCAUAUGGCUUAAUAUAGAGAGGAAGAGAGCAGCAGCGAGAAGAGGAUGGAGGGGAAACGGGGGAUGAAGGGGAGACAUGGCUCUGACAGUGACCGAGCCCGUUUCAGGCUCAAUAAAAGGCUGUGUUGUUCUUUCUUGCCCAAGUUCUCCAUUCACAUAGAGACGAAAUACGAGGACAACAAAGGCAGCAAUGACAACGCAGAGCAGGCAACAGAUGGCACACAGACAGCAGAGCUGGGGACAGAUAUGCAGGGACAGACUGGCAGAGACAGGGAGUCUCAGAUCUUCUCAGACAGUGACAAUAAAGACCAGGAAAGGGAAGUGUGUUUUGUGGAUAUCGCCUACGACGAGAUCCCUGAGAGAUACUAUAAAGAGUCUGAGGACCUGCGGUACUUCAAGUCAGAGAAGACAUCGAGGGGCAUGCUGCAGGAGGGCUGGAGGGACACCCAGGAGCCCAUCAUGUGCUCCUACAAGCUGGUCACCGUCAAGUUUGAGGUGUGGGGCCUGCAGACGCGCGUGGAGCAGUUUGUACACAAGGUGGUGCGUGACGUGCUGCUUCUAGGCCACAGGCAGGCUUUUGCCUGGGUGGAUGAGUGGAUCGACAUGACGAUGGAUGAGGUGAGAGAGUAUGAGCGCACCAUCCAGGAAGCCACCAACGAGAAGAUCGGGAUUUUCCCCCCGCCGAUCUCCAUCAGCGAGAUGCCCCUGUCCUCCUGCACCCUCUCCGGCCCCGCCAGCGCCCCCACCACCCCCCUCUGCUCUGACGCGCCCGAGUUCCUCUCCGUCCCCAAGGACAGAGCCCGCAAGAAGUCCGCACCUGAGACCCUCACCCUGCCCGACGCCGCUGCCCAGAACCAGAGUGGAGUCCCCCAGGGCUCUAUGCUGGUGCCGCUUCCAAAUCAAAAUCACUCCCCCUGGCCCUCCUCUGACUCUGACCAGGCUGAGUUAGGGGGGGAAUAGGAAGAUGUUCUUUUCCCCCAUAUGCCCUGCCACCUCACUGUCUUAGUAGCCCAGCAAGACUAGCCUCUACACCCUAGUGCCCAGUCCUCCAGGCCCAACUAACCAUAUCCCAGAGGUCAGUGCUUCUUACACAUAUCUCCAGAGGUCAAAGGUCUAACCACCAGUUUCCAAUCUCCUACAUCCUCAACAGAAGUCUGUUUUGUCAGCCUUCAAUGGAUGGCUUCCUGUCAGCUGUAAAAACCACCCAAGCUGUCCAUCAAGAGAACAUAUCCACAAGGGGUUUUGUGUGCUGUCCUCAAUUAGCGAUCCCUGUGUUCGUCAUAAAAUAUGUUAUUGCCAAAAAGCCAAAUGGAUUCUCUUUUUUUUUAAUAUAUAUAUCCGGUCAGCUGAUAAACCUUAUGUAAUGUAAAUGUAGUUGCCAUAACAACAUGAAAUUAGAGAGACAAUGAUAUUAAUAUUGUUUUGUUCACUUGAGUGAAUGAACAUCUUUCCAUAGAAUUCUCAGCCUACAAAUAUUAAAAUAUAAUUUUGACCUUGAAAUAAAUCAACUUUUAAAUGAACAAAAUGGAAGUAGAAGUAAUGUAGUAUAGUUAGUUUUUGUAACUACAUUGACUGACUAAAAAGACACCACCUUUCACCUGGACGGAGGAGAGACCAUUCAAAACUGAACCCAGAUCUGUGUGUGUUCAUGUCUCUCCACUCCACACUCCAUUUGAAACAGAUGGAAGGUCAGUACAUCCACAGAAAGAGAUCCCGUCUCAGGUCUCCAGAGCUCUGCCUCAGCCCUCUUUAGGAAGGGCAGGGAACGUAACCAUUCUCUCCCUGCUUUAAAACAAUUUUUAUACCUGCAUCUAUACUCGCCUGUCUACUUAACUAACCUUUGGAACGUUUACACAACAUUAGAUAAGCCAUGAUAAAAUACAUAUUGGGCAUCAAGUUUGACAUUGGAGAGUGAUGCAGUCAGUUUAAUCAAAUUGGUAUAGUAACAGAACAGAUAUGUCUAGGAAAAAAUGCCAUUUGGGGGAUAUGCUGUAAAUGUACAGUUGAAGUCGGAAGUUUACAUACACCUUAGCCAAAUACAUUUAAACUCAGUUUUUCACAAUUCCUGACAUUUAAUCCUGGUAAAAAUUCCCUGUUUUAGGUCAGUUAGGAUCACCACUUUAUUUUAAGAAUGUGAAAUGUUAGAAGAAUAGUAGAGUGAUUUAUUUCAGCUUUUAUUUCUUUCAUCACAUUCCCAGUGGGUCAGAAGUUUACAUACACUCAAUUAGUAUUUGGUAGAAUUACCUUUAAAUUGUUUAAAAUUGGGUCAAACAUUUCGGGUAGCCUUCCACAACCUUCCCACAAAAGGUUGGGUGAAUUCUGGCCCAUUCCUCCUGACAGAGCUGGUGUAACUGACUCAGGUUUGUAGGCCUCCUUGCUCGCACACGCUUUUUCAGUUCUGCCCACAAAUUUUCUAUAGUAUUUAGGUCAGGGCUUUGUGAUGGCCACUCCAAUACCUUGACUUUGUUGUCCUUAAGCCAUUUUGACACAACUUUGGAAGUAUGCUUGGGGUCAUUGUCCAUUUGGAAGACCCAUUUGUGACCAAGCUUUAACUUCCUGACUGAUGUCUUGAGAUGUUGCUUCAAUAUAUCCACAUAAUUUUUCUUCCUCAUGAUGCCAUCUGUUUUGUGAAGUGCACCAGUCCCUCCUGCAGCAGCCUUUCAGGUUAUGUUGAUAUGGGACUUGUUUUACUGUGGAUAUAGAUACUUUAGUACCGGUUUCCUCCAGCAUCUUCACAGGGUCCUUUGCUGUUGUUCUGGGAUUGAUUUGCACUUUUCACACCAAAGUACGUUCAUCUCUAGGAGACAGAACACGUCUCCUUCCUGAGCGGUAUGAUGGCUGCGUGUUCCCAUGGUGUUUAUACUUGUACAGAUGAACGUGGUACCUUCAGGCAGUUGGAAAUUGCUCCCAAGGAUGAACCAGACUUGUGUAGGUCUACCAUUUUUUUUUUUAGGUUUUGGCUGAUUUCUUUUGAUUUUCCCAUGAUGUCAAGCAAAGAGGCACUGAGUUUAAUGGUAGGCCUUGAAAAAUACAUCCACAGGUACACUGCCAAUUGACUCAAAUUAUGUCAAUUAGCCUAUCAGCAGCUUCUAAAGCCAUGACAUAAUUUUCUGGAAUUUUCCAAGCUGUUUCAAGGCGCAGUCAACUUAGUAUAUGUAAACUUCUGACCCACUGAAUUGUGAUACAGUGAAAUAAUCUGUCUGUAAACAAUUGUUAGAAAACUAACCUGUGUCAUGCACAAAGUGGAUGUCCUAACCGACUUGCCAUAACUAUAGUUUGUUAACAAGAAAUGUGUGGAGUGGUUGAAAAACUAGUUUUAAGGAUUCCAACCUAAGUGUAUGUAAACUUCCAACUUCAACUGUAAGUUAACAUUGAGCACAGUGGAGUUGAUAAGGAAUUCCAUGCUUGCGCAGGGCACUUGCUUCAACCUGGCCUUAUUUUAUGUACUUGAUUAUCUUUGUGUUGUGUGCAUUGUGUUCUUAGGAAUGCCGAUAAUGUUGCUUGCCAAUGUUGGUACUGUACCAGUUUUGGUGGGCUCAAAGUUAUUUUGAAGCAACGACGUUAGCGGCGGCCAUCUUUUUUUCCUGCACUAGCCUCUCCACAGUGAGUCAUCAGGAACUUUUGGGGGGAGGAAGAAACAUUGAGGACAGAAGGUUUGUCUUUGUAAUGUCCUAGCUACUGUUUUAUACAAUCACAUAGAUGCAUAAAGGGGUCUCAUAUGCCGCAUGAAGUGUUCACAAACAUGUAUACAUAUGUGAAGUAUCUGUGUAUAUAAAUUGCAGGAUGUAUUGUUGAUGCGAAAUUGUGGAGAAAGCAAAUGUGACGUUGUCCUAGGCUCUGUAGUGUAAUCGUUGUAUAGUAAAGCAGAGUUUUAGCAGAGACAAACUGAGCAUGUUCUGAGAAGACAACUCUCUACUCAGUGCCUCUGCAUGCAAAAGUCUAUAUUGUCUCGUCUGUAUACAAAAUCCAAAACAUUAAAAUAAAGAAAAAACAUCCCAUUUUAUUGUGGUGUUAAAGGGCAAUUCCACCACUUUUCUACCUCAUUUUCGUUAUCUCCAGCACAAUACCAGUGUCUACACAUGUGAAAAUGGUGCAUUUCUACGUUUUGUAGAAAAAUGUAUAAGAUGACAUCAACCAUUUUAAAAACGGUGACAUUCGCGGUGACGCGGAGCAAGAAAAUAUCUUCCCUCUGGCUAGAAACUAGUUGCAGGUUUUGAAAAUCAGUUUUUCUUACUUUUAAUCCUACCCUGUGAUGUCACCGAGAAGCAUUUUCUUAGGACUUUUUAUUUUUGCAACCACAGAUCAUAGAAACAUGUAGACACCGAUAUGGUGCUGGAGAUAAUGAAUAUGAGUUUGAAAAAUGGUGGAUUUGCCCUUUUUAAGCCUGAUAUUCAAUUUAUUGCAAUUUCAAAACAUUGAUUUGAAAUACAGCUUCAUGUUAGUUAUUUUCAUCAAAAUGUACAAGAUAUUGAGAGAAAUAGCUGAAGUUUGUAGUACCUGUUGACCAUUGUUUUGUCCUAAAGGCGUCACAUUGCAUUACAUAUGUGGGCAUUUGCAUUUUGUGAUGAGAGAACGAAAUUAGCCGUUAACAAAUGUACUGACUGUUAUAUCUCUGUUUUAGGGUUUAGUUGGACCAAAGUUAUACAUUUCUACUUGUUUGUCAAAUAUAGACCAUUCUACAGUGUCUAAGCCCAAAAUGUCUCCUCUUUACACAAGAUGCUCACUAUCAUUCUAAACUGUACUUGUCUUUGCUGUUAAAUUUCCUGUGGGAUACAUGUGUUAAAUGAUAUUGACGAUCAGGAAUAAAAAAGAUCCAGGGACAUGUUUGAGUGCCAGUAAACUAAAGCCUAUAUCAAAACGAAUGCAAAAUGACAAGUAUAUUAUUUUUCAGAGUGAAGGACUAGGUUUUGUAAAUAGUGAACUAUUUCAUUUUCAGUUGCAUGCUCCACAUAAGUUCACGGAGACUUUGAGUGAGCAUGAAACGUAUGUGGAGCAUGGAACAGAAAAUGAAAGCGUGUACUAUUUAUAAAACCUUGUCCUUCACUCAGAAAAGUAACCAACUCUUGAUAUUACACUUGUCAUUUUGCAUUUGUUUUGAGAGCACAAAAGUUUGGUUUGAAUCUAGAACAUUUUAAGGUGCAAUGUCCCAUUGUUAGUAUUCUUUAUCGAGCUGUUGAAAAAUCCACAGGAGAAAAGACCAUUAACUACAUGCUGUACAUUACAACCCUAUGAGCAAAAUACAUUUAAAUGUCCUUUUUGGUUGAAAGUACUUUGAAAAUACGUAUUUUUCAACAUAUUGUAUUCAUUGUGAAAAUAUUUACUUUGAAUUUGCGUCAUCAACGUUCUGGUUGCUUUUUCCUACAGCUCUUUGACAUAAUGACACAUUAUCUAUAAAAACAAUAUUUGAAUCAAUAUAUUUCUCUUUUUAUCGGGGUGACUGUGUUUACUUUUUGAAUUUAUACAAUGCUUCUUGACUCGGAGGUUGGUUUUCUGUUAGAACUCUCACAACUGCUGUAGUUUGAUUUUGUGGCUUGCUGUAUUUCAAAUGGCAUCUGUUCAUUCUAAGAAAAGCACCAAGCUUUUGUUGUGUCCCUCCUGAUGCGGCUUGCCAGGCUGUCGCGCUGUCUCCCUAGCUCUGGUCCAGGUUGUCACUGCUGCUUCCUGACACUGAGCCUCCUGAGCAGGACGAGCGUUAGCAAUCCACACUAACACCCUGGACCAGAGCUACUCUCUCCCUAUCUGAAGUGCCAUCCUUGUUCGGCUACUGGAAGUCGCUCUGGGUUCUUCCACUGAUUUAUAUUUGUUAUAUUUUUACUGCCCUCCUUGAAGUAUAUUUGGUUCUCCGUUGUAAUUAUUGUUUCACUUUUUUCUUAAUUCUUGUAGUAAAUAAAGUUUACUUGCUACUACA